CGUUUCCGAUCUGUAUUCAAGAGACUCUGUUGAAACGCCAAGGUUCAGACACUUACAGACGAAAAAUAUCAAAAACUGAAUAACUCCAUGUUUCUAUGCAUGGCGCGCUUAGCCCGAAACAAAGUAUGCCAAGUGUACAGUAAACAGUAAAGCAGUAAACAUGACACUAUGACGUGCUGAUAAAACCCACAAAUUUCCCUUUCGUGCUGUUUCCGUUUGAGUUGUAGCACUUCUUUUAUAUUUUUCUUCUUACGUUUUGCCUCCGGAUUGGCUGGCAUUCUGGCUGUCUGAUGCAUGUGAUGAUUUAAACUCCGUUCAGCAUUGCCAAUUCGACAUACGGUCAAGAUGUAAAGUGUGAUCACCAAAGGAUAAGAAUAUCACAGAGAGGCUCACUUAAACGUCAAACCAGUGCGAUGUAUCGAGAUGUAACGUUUAAAAGACUUUAUUGAUUGAUUGGCUCGGGUCAAGCAGGUACUUUCACCGGUAAAUGGAUUGACGUCACAAGAAGCUUUUAGUAGCUGUACUAAAUCAGCAACAAUUGUUUCGUUGUAGUCAUUAUUGCACUAUGUCAGUAUGUGUUGCAGCUUUUACCGAUGUUAAGUUCGUCGAUCGGCUCGACGAACGAUUAGCUUGUCCAAUCUGCAAGAAUGUUUUCAACGAGCCAUGGCAGACCUCCUGUGGACACAGAUUUUGUAGAAAUUGUUUGGAUCCUCUAAUUAGACCAACAUGCUUGAGGUGCCCAUUAGACGGAGAGACAAUUGUGCCAGAUGACUCAUUUCGCGAUCGAUGUUGUGAAAGGGAAGUGCUUGAUCUGAAAUGUUCCUGUCGAUAUGCAGAGAGAAGUUGUGAUUGGAGUGGGGAACUGAGGAAUCUGCAGGCACAUGAAGAAAACUGUAAAUAUGGUGAUGUGCAAUGUAGAGCGUGCGCUCAAACUAUGGAAAGAAGGCAUAUUGAGCAACAUAGAACAAAUGAGUGCAUCAACAGGGCGAUAACAUGCACUUACUGUGGACAAGGAGUUCCGAAAAUCUGCAUAAUGGAUCAUUUGGAAGUCUGCCUCAAGUUCCCAAUCGAUUGUAUCUUAUGUUGUGGGAAAGAGGCCAUACCACGUGACAUGAUGGAAGAGCACGUGACUACAGAAUGCCCCAAGGCAGAAGUGAUUUGCCCUUUCACUUUUUACGGUUGUAACUUCAAAGGAAAGAAGGAUACACUUGAUGAGCACAUGAACGACAGUUUGAAGACCCACUUGGAUAUGAUAAACCAAUCAGCUCAGGAAUGUCACACCAGAAACCAGGAACUAGAAAGAAAGGUGUCUUAUCUACAAACCGAGAAGAAUGCCUUGGAGCAGCAAAUCCAGCAUCAAGAAGAAGAACUUGCAGCUGCCCGAAUCAAUAUUCAAACACAGCAAACUAAAAUAUCUGUAAUUGAGACGUCACUACGUGAGCAAAAGAGAGAUACAGAAAAAUUACUUAGUGAAUUAGAGGCCACUAGAAGUGAAGCAAAUGGAGUUGUGGUCUCUUCUCAAAUCGACGAA